GCCGCAGGUAGGGACCCGGGGGCCGAGCGGCGCGAUGGAGGAGGAGGAGGAGGAUGGAGGCGGCGGAGGAGGGGGGGAGGCGGGGAGUGAGGCUGCGGCAGGAGGGGGCGGGCGGCCGGGGGGGCCGGCGGGCAUGUGGGACCGGCUGCGGGGCAGUCGGGCGGCGGGCGGCGGCCGGAGCGCGGCCGCGAUGGCGCAGCGCGGCGAGAAGGGACCGGCGGCGGCGGCGGGCGAGGGCGAGCCGCGGGCCGGGGCCGGGGCCGAGCGGGGGCCGAGCGGGGCCGCCGCGCCCUUCCAGCCCCCCGAGGGCGGCUUCGGCUGGGUGGUGGUCUUCGCCGCCGCCUGGUGCAACGGCUCCAUCUUCGGCAUCCACAACUCCUUCGGGAUCCUCUACAUGAUGCUGCAGAGCGACCUGGGCGAGGGGAAGAAGGACCCCGCGUUGGAGUUCAAAACAGCAUGGGUCGGCUCCUUGGCCAUGGGCAUGAUUUUUUUCUGCUCUCCCAUCGUCAGCAUCUUCACCGACCGGAUUGGCUGCCGGACCACAGCAGCCUCGGGAGCUGCCAUCGCCUUCAUCGGACUCCUCUCCAGCUCCUUCACCAAGUCUCUGGAAGUUCGUUAUUUCACAUACGGAAUCCUUUUCGGCUGCGGCAGCUCCUUUGCCUUCCAGCCCUCACUGGUCAUCCUUGGUCACUACUUCAAGCGCCGCCUUGGCUUGGCCAACGGCAUCGUGGCCGGCGGCAGCUGCCUCAUCUCCGUGCCGCUCCCCUUCUUCCUGAAGAUGGUCGGAAAAGCCAUUGGGCUCGCACAUACUUUCCAAGUACUCAGUGCCUUAAUGCUCAUCCAGGUAUUCUUGUCCCUGACCUAUCGGCCCAUCUUGCCACCUUCUUGUGACUCUCAGCACGAUGGGCAGGACAAGCUGGGCAGCCGGAGCAUGCGGCAGCAGUGUUGGGCCCAGACGCGCAAGUAUUUCAACUUGAGGGUUUUCCGGAGAAAGACCUAUCGGAUUUGGGCCUUUGGGAUCGCUACUGCUGUGCUGGGAUAUCUCGUACCUUACAUGAACUUGGUAAAAUAUGUGGAGAAGCGAUUUCAAGAAACCAAAAAGGAUUGGAUCCUCCUGGUUUGCCUCGGAGCCAUGUCAGGGCUGGGCCGCUUGGUUUCAGGCCGCAUUGGCGACUGCAUUCCCGGGUUGAAGAAGAUUUACCUGCAGGUUGCGUCCUUCAUGCUGUUGGGCAUCCUGUGCAUGAUGAUCCCCCAGUGCCGAGGGUUCGAGGGCGUCAUUGUCAUCUGCCUCUUCCUCGGCCUUUGCGAUGGCUUCUUCACCACCAUCAUGGCCCCUAUCGCCUUCGAGCUGGUGGGGCCCAUGCAGGCGUCCCAGGCCAUAGGGUACCUCAUGGGGCUGAUGGCUGUGCCCAUGACUGCGGGUACGCCGAUAGCAGGAUACCUCAAUGAUUAUUUUGGGAAUUACGACGCAGCCUUUUAUUUUGCCGGGGUCCCCCCCAUCAUUGGCGGCUUGGUGCUCUCCGUCGUCCCGCUGGUCCAUCAGAGGAUGCUGAAGAAGCAGCGCCUGGAUUCCGGCAAAGACAAGAUGCUGGUCUCGGAGGCGGUGGUGAACGGGGAGCUGCUGCCGGGCAGCCCUGCCUCCGAAGCACACAUGUAACGCCUCCGCUCACUGACACUCACUGUCGCCACCAGCAGCCUCUCUGUAGCCCAAGCACAGGCUCUUUUUUAGAUGGACCAUAAUUCUCAAUGAUCACCGAUGCACUAUGUUUGUAAAGGAAAAGAAAACACAAAAAGUUCUUCUAGUUAAAGGCUUUUAACUAGCGGAAACGCUCUUUUUCGGGACAGUUUUGACUUCAAAGCCGCCUUUUUUUUCCUCUAACCAUUUUUCUAAGGAGGCCUCUCACGAGGAGUCAAACUUGAUCGAUCUCCCGCUCCUCUCCCAAGUUUUCUGUACGUCACGACAGAGGUUUACAGCUAAUAAAUGCCUUUUUAAAGCAGGCCACCGAUGGAGCUUGCUGAACGUUGCAGCUGUCCAUCCUUCUCUGGUGUCACUCGGGUGUCACGUCCAAGCAAGACGGCACCCUCCUCAUCCAGUGCCAGAGGCUGUUUCGGAGCCAGCAGAUCUGAAGGAGGAACCAGUGCUUUAGUCCGAUGCACAAACCAAAUAAAUGGUCAGCGAGUCCCACUUUAAUCUUCGCUCCUCCUUUUCUGCUGCUCUCCCACGCACCCAGGGAGCUGCAGCUGGGAUGAUGGGGAGAUCAGCCGGCUCCGGUCCUGCCGCCCUCAUCAAACAGAGCCACGUGGAAGCACCCCCUUCCUGCAAAAUAUGCCUUAAAAACGCAUGGACGAGACCAGCAGGUCCUCAGCCACUCUGUUUUCUCACCCAGCAGCUAAUGAUCGGGCUUUGGAGGUGCAAAAGAGAGGAGCAGCUCCCAGCGCAGCCCACGGCAGCUGGCUCUGCAAGGUGAAAACCACGGCCGCCGAGAUGGGCACUUCAGAGGUGUCAAGGCACGCAGGGUUGGGACGGAGCCCCGUGUGUCACGGGUCCGCUUGUGCCGGGAGGCAGCUUCCCUGCACCCAGGGAUGCAGGGGUGCAGCUGGCUCGGGGCACGGGGUGCCACCACUCUUCUUUGGGGCCAGUUGUGUAUUAUGCAGCAAUAACCACGAGUCAGUAUUGGCAGGGGAAGCCCGGUGUUUCCAAAGGGUUUAAAAGCCCUGGCAGCGUUGAACUCGUAGCCCGUGCAUUGCCAUGCAGAGCUGGUGCGGGGUCAGUGCCAUCCCCAGAGGGGGAGGGAGAGAGCUCAAGAAAAUAGCACAGCCCAUGGGUGCCCGCCGCACAGAGCGAAGGCAGAGCUCAGCCUUGUGUAGAAAUUCAUCAUCUCCAGGCAUCGCUCAGGUGUGUGGCACAGUGCGAGGGGAGUCCUCCUGCCCUGGUGGUUCCCUGUGCAAAUGAGGUGCUGGCUGGGACCAGGGUACCUUUUCCUGGGAAUAAUAACCCAGGAGAGAGCAAGAAACAAAGCUCACAUUUAGCCACACUGCAAAACCAUCCUUCGCUGGCUUUACAUUUUUAUUCACCUGCCAUUAGAAAAUGAGACGCCUAAAGAGGUACAUACGCCAUGGAAACAAUCCUCAGUCCCUGGGCGAGUGUCGGAGUUUGUAACACCAAGACAAAACUUUGCUGUGGAAACUGGGAUUCAGAGGAGGCCCCCCUCCCACAGGCAGCAGUGGGACCUUUGUAUAUAGGCUCAGGAUCCUGCAUGCCCCUCUGUCCCUGUUUUUAAUCUGCACUGGCUAAUGUGUUAUAAGGUCUUGUGGUCUUGUGGCCCUUCUGUCCCCGUAAGAGCUGGAAAACUAACUGGUGUGUUGUGACGUGUCUGUUUAUGACUAUAAAAACAAGAUGUCCGUUUGUCUUCAAUACGCUUUUCUGUGGCUGUUUUUACCCUUCCUUGCCCAUAUUGCAUUGUCUGCUAUGGCUCUGGUGACCCGUUGCUUGGUUUAGGAAGCCACAGGAGGCGGCAGGAGCUGCAUCGGAAGGCAGGGCAUGCCUACGCCCGUGCAUUGCAGGGAGCCGAACCAUGGUGCCCUUGCCCCGGCACUGGUGGGAUCUGCCAGGCUUAGCCUGGGGCAGGGCAUUAAAGUGAUGCUUUUCAGACAGGUGCAUUGGCAGUGGGGCAUCUUCAAAGCUGUCUGACAGCAAAAGGAAAGAAGCACAUUGCGUUUUAACUCCUUUUGUGAGUUGUGGGGCUCUUAUUCACAUUGGAGAUCAAUGAAGUUCUUUAAAUCGUAUUUUUGACCUCCGUGCCCCCUGAAGGACAGCUUAGGAGGGAUUGAAAUUCAACAAGUAACUUCUUCAGACCAAGGAGAGGAUGAGCAGCACUGCCUCAAACCCACAUCUGGCCUGAGCAAGUGGCUGCACGGCAGAGCCCACCGAUGACUGCACCCAGCUUUUCAUGAGACUUUAUGGUGGCAAAAUCUCUGGCUCAUAAGACAGUUUAUGGUUCAAAUCCCAAAUUCCUACAGAUUUCCACUUGCUUUAAAUGCUCCACCUUCCUGUGAAGGUCUUUGCCCCGAGAGGAGCCUGCAUUUGGUGCAACGGGUGCUUAGCACUGCAGCGGCAUCGGACCAGCUCUGUCAGCCAGGAGCCAGCUCUCUUCCCGGGAGGGAUGGUGGUACCCACGUUCAUCCCCUCUACAUUUUGGUCUUUGCCCAUGGCUCUUAUUAUCUACCCUCUAGGAGAUUUUUGAGUGAUGAGGUGCGUUCAUGGGCCACCCGAGUUUGGUCAAGAGCAUCUACCCCUUAUCCUACCCUGGAACAAUAUCUGGUACCAGCCUCCCAAACCCACCCUCAGCAUCUUUGUCUGGUCGCGAUCCUGCCCUUGGUCAAGACAAGGGCAAAUUCUGCAGCGGGGAAGGCAUGUUUGAGCAACAGCAAUGAAAGGUUCACCUCAUCUGCAAACACAGAUGGGAACGGGAAGGGCAAAGGUUGGAGUAGUCUGUCAACACAAAGGGGAGUAUUUCUGGGGUUGUUUGUCAGCUAAACGCUGCUGUCUGGUGCGUCUAGAUUGUCCCUUGAGUAUCGGGCGGCUUGCAAGGAUUUUUGCAGACUCGUGGCAUGUGAGAAGUGGGAUUGUAGCGAUCUGAGCAUCUAUAAACAGGGAAAAAUGUCAUUGGUCUCUGAAACAGCCUUUUAGCCUGUUGUAGCCUGGUGCUGUGACGCCAAAUAGGUGCCCGCCUGUUGCAAAAAGCUUCAUACUAAAACCCCUCCUGUUUCUUUCCAUCAGGAUCUGCUCGUCCUGGCCCAGCGCACCCGUGGCCUCUGGGCAGGCGAGGGCUGAACAGGAGGCAGCGUUCACGGCAAAAACUACCUUUUAUUCAGUUUUCUAAUUAAAAAAAAAACCCCAACCUUCCCCCUCCCCUGCGAGUGCCAGGCUGUGAUUCCUGCCCCACUCCCUUCCUCUGGGAGAGGAAGGUGGAGCCCAGCACUCCCGGGCUUGGCUGUUUUCGGGAGCCAGCGAGGGCACAGGAGCGGAUCGAGCCCCUCGGGGGUGGAAGGGAGUGGGGAGGGAGCAGCUUUGCUCCAUGCCCAGGGUGUUUGGAGAGCUGCAGGCGCACGCGUAGCCUUAUGUAAGUGUACAGCAAGCGUGGGACGUGUCCCAGCAGCGCCCUGCUCGGGGCUUGGCUGGGGCUGCCUUUCUAAAUCUUUAGCUUGAGGGUGUUCAAAAACAAGUUGUUGUCUUUUUUUUUCCUUUUUUUUUUUUUUUUUUCCCCCUGCUACAGGGUGAGGCACGGGGUUUAACUCCUCUCAUUCUGGCUGAGGGACGGAGCGGGGCAGCUGAGCUGGGAGGGCUCAGGGGGUGGUUGUGGUUUCAGCCUUUCAGGGCUGCCCAGGCAAUGGGAAGGCUGGCAGGGCAGCAGCUGCAGGAGCUGCCCAAGAAGUGCUGUGAUUCAUGGCUUAGAGCUUUUUUGAGCUGUGUAACAAAGCUGGAACUACCUGCGGGAGCUGUUUCAUUGCAGCAUGCCCUGCCCUGAGGUCUUGCGGCCAGGGAAAUAUGCGUUUCUAAGUCACAUAGCUUAAUUUAACAAAUUCUGGGCUACUCAUUGGCUGGGGUUGAGGUUUCCUAACAUUUCCCUGCUGUGGGAAGGCCACAUCCUAGUUGCCACCAAAGCUUGAGGGCUUUUGCAGGUCUGCUGCGGUACCGUGGGGUUUGGGGACCCCCAGUUUCGAGACAUUUUGGCUGUGCUUCCCACCAUCGUGGUGGUCUGGGGCUGCUGGUUCGGCCAUGCCGGCAGUCGAGGAGCUUUGUAACCCUCCGGGCUGAGCUGCCUCUUCUGGAGUAGCUGGGAGAGGGCGGUGGCCUGCAGCUGGGCCAUUCCUGCCCUUCUGGGCAUGACGGUGCCACAGGAGCGCUUUGCACAGCAAUAGAGCGUCCUUUUUGGUGUUGGUACGUUGGUGCUAAGAGCGAUUGGCUCUGAGCAGUCUGUUUUGGUGCUGAGGAUCUCAUCUAUGCUUGCUCAGAGCGCUCCGGUUCAGCAUCUCAGGAGGCUUAGGGUGGAUUUUAACCCUGGCUGACAUCUGCAUCUAUAUAUGGCCACACAGUCCUCAGAAUAACAACCUGCAUAAAGGUGACCUUGGACCAAAUCCUGUGGAUGCAGAGGGUCAGAUCCAGCCGAGACCCUUGUUGUCCCUCCAUCCUUCACUGCAAAUCAUUUCCCAGCUUUCACGUGUCUCUGUACCCAACAGGGUUUUGUUUGGGGGUUACCUUGGUUAUUUUAGCUUCAAUAAUUUUCAUGCUGGCAGAGUUUGUUUCUCCUUAUCCAGCUGGAAGCAGAAAACUGGAAUGACUUUGAAAGCCCCGGCUGCUUUGCCAAGGCAAGUGGGGCAGCCCCUUCCUGCCGCUGGAGCUGCUGCCUUUCUGCCAUGAAAACACACACUCGGGCAGCUCUUUCAGGCGCUUUUGUUUAAAUCUCAGCUGCCCUUUUAACCUCUGGGGAGAAUGCUGUGAUUGAUAAGUGCUCCUUAAAUACUGCUCCAAUGUCCUCCGCCUAACGCUGGGCAGGGAUGGAGCUGGCACUGUUGAGGGGGUCCAGUGGCAACAACAAACUGAAAUAAAGCUGUUUCCCUUCUUUUUGAGAGCCCUUGGAAGGAAAGCAGACGUAGGGAUGGAUGGAGCUGCCAUCCCCAUGCAGCUCCGAGUGGGCUUUGCAGCUGAGCCCUGGGGACGGCUGCAGGGGUGACCCUCCCCGUGGUCGGGGGGGAUGAACGUGGCUCCAGGCGUUUUACCAGCUUGGCACGGCGAGGUUGUCGCUGGGCUUUGGUGGGCUCAUCCUGUUUCGUUGUUUUAUUUUUGCAAACAUUGCAACGCCCUUAGUGCUCCCACCAAGGACAGACGCUGCGAGUGCCCCCAUGUCUCCUCUUCCCGCCCCCGCCAUGCCACCGCGCUGGCAAUCGCUGGCAGAAGCGAGGCAGGAGAGGAAAGACACACAGUCCCUCCCAUUUUUCUGCAAAACAUGGCUUUGGAAGGAGGUAUCUCCAAAAUUUCUCCUCUUUUUGUAACGUACUUCCCAAUGCUCACUCUACAUCACCUCUGACUGGCAAGGCAAGCGUAGCUCUUAACCGUAGCAUUAGAGGCAAGACUUAGUGUCUAUUUUACUAAGGAAUGAAGCUUUUUUUUUUUUUUUUUUUGUACAUUUUUAACUGUGGCGUGUAAGGCAAGUUGUUUACUGGAGCAGGUUUUUGAGUAGCAUUGAUGCUCCUCUUCUGGUCGGUGACGGCCAGCUUGCCUGAAUGCAAUUGGGUUUUUGGCUGCCGAGUGCAUUCAAUCCAAUCAUUUCGGAAAAAGACAUGACUUCUCGAGGCCCGAACGUUCCCAGCAUAUCCUGUUUCAGCCAUUGGAACCCAUUAAAGCAGGAGACAAGACUUUUUUGGGGAGGCUGAGGGCAAUUUGGAAAUUACCCUGCUCUCCCUCCCUUCCCUGAAGUCCAGCAGGAUGAAACCAAAUAUUUGCUUCCGGAUGGGUGGAUAUUGGAGCUGAUUCCACAUAAGAGCACCGGGGGCGAAGGCUUGAAUUUUGGCCAUUUGGGGUGAUUCAUGAGAUGGCUUGUUUUUAAAGCAGGCCCUCCAAGCCUGCUGCCAUCACCGCCCCGCCCCGUUUGUGGAUCCCUGUGCCUUUCUCCAGCCCUGCUGCUCUCCGAGCCCAUCACGGUCGGCGUUACCUCCAUCGCUGAUGGAAAAAAAUCCUGCCUGUGGGUUUUCGGGGAGGGAUGCAUUGCUUUGCCCCACCGAUUUGCUGGUAAUGCUCACCCUCGCGGUGUCGGUACCCACUAGAAAGGCUCAGUAAAAGGCUGCAAGCACUGUUAGUAGCUUUGCAACCCGUUGGGGUUUUUUUCUGACCCAGGUCCUGUGAGGUGCCCGGGGCUGCUGGGCACCAGCAGCCUUAAAGCAGACACUCAAUUCGAUGCAGAAGUCAGACCCUGAAGUCUAAGAUUAUUCCUUUUUGGUUUUUUUUUUUUUUUGGACAACUGCUCCUUGUAAGUGAUUUAUAUUCCCUUAAAAUUUUGUAUCUGAAAGUAAAGUAUUUGAAUGUGUGUCUUAAAAGUAUGAGUAUCCUUUCAAAAUGUGAAUUUCUGAUUGUUGGUAUACAAAAAAAAACCCCCUACCCCAUAUCAGUACAUUUUUGUAAUUAAUGUUUUAUGAAUGUUGUUUAAAAAAAUUGUGUAGAAUAAAACCAGUUUAAAAAGAAAA